CCCGUCUGCCACGGGCACAGCAGGGAGUCGCCGCCGGAGUGUCAGGCCUAAUAAAAACACCUCGCCUGGCAUUCCACUCCCUGCCCGAGUAUGUGCUGACUAUAAUGUUAGCACUGCCCUCCAAACCGUUUCAGGAUCGUAUCUUGGGUAUCUUAUCUGGGGCCAGAGCUUCUUGGUCAGUCUCUUCAGAAAUGGCCCCAAGGGUUACUGCACUGCUGCUGCUGCCACUGCUGCUGGCCAUGCCACCCCGCACCACCGGCUGUCCCGCUGCCUGCCGCUGUUACAGCGCCACAGUGGAGUGUGGUGCCCUGCAGCUGCGUGUCAUCCCUCCGGGAAUCCCCCCAGGAACACAGACCCUGUUCCUUCAGGACAACAGCAUCGCGCACCUGGAGCCAGGUGCCCUGGCACCGCUUGCUGCUCUGCGCCACCUCUACCUGCACAACAACAGCCUGCAUGCCCUGGACUCCGGCGCCUUUCGUGGGCAGCCGCGCCUACUCGAGCUGGCACUCACUGGCAACCGGCUGCGUGGCCUUCAUGGCAGUGCAUUCGUGGGCUUGGCCCAGCUUCGGGUCCUGUACCUUGCUGGCAACCAGCUGGCACGGCUGCUGGACUUCACCUUCUUGCACAUGCCGCGACUACAGGAGCUACAUCUUCAAGAAAACAGCAUUGAAGUACUGGAGGACCAGGCCCUGGCUGGGCUCUCCUCCUUGGCCCUGCUGGACCUCAGCAGAAACCAGCUAGGCACUAUCAGCAGAGAGGCCCUGCGGCCCCUGGCCAGCCUACAAGUCUUACGCCUCACAGAGAACCCGUGGCGCUGUGAUUGUGCCCUUCACUGGCUGGGCUCUUGGAUCAAGGAGGGGGGCCAGCGGCUGCUCAGCUCCAGAGACAGGAAGAUAAUGUGCGCAGAGCCUCCCCGCCUAGCGCUGCAGAGUCUUCUGGAUGUGUCUGGCAGUAGCCUCAUCUGCAUUCCUCCCUCUGUGCAUGUGGAGCCUCUGGAACUCACUGCUAACUUGGGCGAGGACCUGCGGGUGGCUUGCCAGGCAUCAGGCUACCCACAGCCCCUUGUGACCUGGAGAAAGGUGCCCCAGCCUCGAGGCCAGCCUCAAGCCCAGGUGCAGCUGGAAGGCGGCGCACCGGGCCUGGGCGGGCAGGCGAAGGCGACCCGUGACACCGGCAGCGGCAUGCUCUUCCUCACCAACAUCACGCUGGCACACGCCGGCAAGUAUGAGUGCGAGGCUGCCAACGCCGGGGGCAAUGCCCGCGUGCCCUUCCGCCUUCUUGUCAACGCGUCUCUGCAGCGGUCACUGCCGCCGCCGGCCCUGCCAGCGCGCCCGGCGGGCCGCGAGCCGCGGCACGAGGCGGGCAGCAUGGCGUUCCUCGCGCUGGGCCCGGCCACGCAGACGGCCGUGGCGGCGGCCAUCUUGCUGCUGGCGCUCACGGCGCUGCUGCUGACUUCCAUGAUCUGCCGGCGCCGGCGGCGGCGGAAAAAGGCGCCCGCGCCGCCAGGGGAGGGAGCGCUGUUUGUUAACGACUAUUCAGACGGGCCUUGCACCUUCGCCCAGCUGGAGGAGCUCCGGGACGAGCGCGGCCAUGAGAUGUUCGUGAUCGACCGCUCUAAGCCCCUGUUCGCGGAUGCGCCAGCGGAAUCGCCCGCGGACCGCAGCCCGGCCGAAGGACCGGCGCCUGGGCUCCGCCUCCCUACUCGCGUCGCCUAUGAGAUCCAUUGCUGAGCCGGUGGUGAGCGCAGAUGAUGUGGGCGCCAGAGACUGGCCGGGGCGAUCCUGCGCAUGCUCAUCAGUAAAAAUAGAAGCUGCGCUGUUGCCCCCAGCAGUGUGUGGGUUGUGGGGACCAAGGCUAGGGAGGAGUCCCUACACAGUUCAGUGGUCCCGACCACCAGCUCUCUUGGGGACACCUCGCUAGCCCUUGCUGGCGGGGAUGGCGGGGUGACUCGGUGGGGGUGGGCAGGAGGUGGCUGAUACUUGUUGAUCACUGGUCAUGCUGGAAGAGUGACAGCAGAAAUGAGACAGGUCACUCUGGCCAGUUAGGACACACACACCAAAAAAAAAAAAAAAAAAAAAAGUCACACAUUGGAGUUCCAGACACUGCACGUUUGUACCAUGAUGACACCUUCCAGCCUCACAGUAAGCUGAUAAUGAUUCAGGUGCCAGGGCAGGGAACAUAGUACAAGGCCCUAAAUUGCAUGGCAGAUCCCAUCCCAACUUCCAUGCCAGUGCUUUGCACUCUUGAAAAGAGGACAGGAAAUGCCCAGCCCACUGUUUCUCUCAGGUCAGACCUGGGAUUCUAAGAUCAUCUGCAGAGUCUCACAACCCCAAAGAGAAACCAAACAACCAUACAGAGCACAGGUAGGCCUGAAAUGCUCUACACUCAGUUAGAUAAUGAGCAAUGAAGAGCACUACAGGAAGCAGGGCGGCUCAAGAAACACGGCAGACCCUGCAGAAAACCUUGAGUAGUACCUUCGUGUCAGGCCUCCAGCAGAGUCCAGGCAAAAGCUCUGUCUUAAACUAUUUCUCACCCAGAAAUUUGGAAAUCACAGGCUGAAAUAGUCUGCAGCUAGGCGCCCAUAGAUGUCUGUGGUCCAGAGUACAUGGGCCCGGCCCGAGGCCAGCAGCAACUGGUGCAACUCAGCUUCUACACGGGCAAACUUCUCCUCAUUGAUGGAGGCCUCCAGUAAGACAGAAGCAGGCGGUGGCCAUGGAAGGCCAUCAUAACAGUCCACAGGGAAUGGGUGCACCACAGUACGAAGCUCAGCCUGUACCACAGAGUCCCUCAGCAGCUCCUUAAGUCCUGCCAUGGACAGUGGGUUACCAUAGAGUCCAAGGUAGCGAAGACUGGCACAGCGAGUCAAAGUGGGCAGUGUAGCUAACAGCUGGGCAUCAGCAAGCUGGCACUCGGUCAGCUCAAGAUGCAGCAGUGUGGCUGCUGCCGCCUGCAACAGACCCUGAAAAGGUGUUAGCUGGCUGCCUGACAGGUCGUUACCACUCAGAUCUAGCUUCUUGAGAUGGGCAGCAUGGGAGCUCCGUGCCAGGAAUUGUAGGUCCUCAGGCAGCAGGGCACAGAAGGCCAGCUCUAAGCUCUCCAGGGGGCUCUGCAGAGUGCUGCAGGGACACAGGAGGUACAAAAGAGUCAUAGCCUGGCAGCCCUGGGGAAAGGUCCUCAUAGAGGGGAGGGACUGUGCAAUAGUGGGGACCACUCACCUCAGCAGUUGGUCCAGCCUCCCGGAAAGGAGAGAAGAGCCCAUGCUAAGCUCCCGCAGACAGGUGAAGCGGCCCAUCUGGGCCAGAAAGUAGCGGAAGUUGUCCUCACCAUCCACAGAAGGCUGCCUCGAGUCCCCAUGCACGUAAUGCAGACGAAGGCUAGCCAGGUGCUGGAAGCGAGCCACAUGUGGGAUGAUGACAGACAGGCCACGCAGACCCAGGUUAUUGAAGCGCAGAUCCACACGGCGCAGGCAGCCUGCAUCCAAAAGCUGCAGCAGGGCCACAGUGUUCCGCAUGGGCAAGUCCUCAGCUCUGAGGUCCCGGCAGCAGAGCCGCAGUGGGCUGCCCACACUGCUUCGGAGUGCCUCACGAAGGAAUGCAUAGGAGGCUCGGUUCACCCGCAGGUCCACACGAACCUCCACAGGGACAAGGGACAGCCCUGGCUCAGUGGUCCCACCCUGCUGCUGGGCAAUACAUGUCCGGGCCACAGCUGCUGUACAAUCCCACAUGCUCAUGGUACCAGGAUCCUGCUCCACACCAUCAUCCAGGAGACCAGUCAUGUCCAGCACCCGCAGUGUAUGCUUUCUAGGAACAGGAAUGGCUGGAGGCAGGGGGUGAGAUGGCAAGGCCCACAUCCCUCCCAGCCUCCUUGAACAGGACCAACAAGUAUUUAAGGUUCCCACACUGAGUUCCUGCUAACCUCAGGACCAAAGUCUAGAAACUGCUCAAGGAACCCUCUUUGUACUCCUAGCUGUGGGCCCUGUGCAUACCUGCAGAGAGGCUGUGAGCCAGCCUCCAUUUCUGGGGUGUGGAGCCGGGCAGUCAGCCCAAGGAUAACAGCUUGCAUGCUCUCAGUGCUGGGCCUCUCCUGCAGCAGGGCCCGACUGCAAUGGGCACACUCCUGUAGCAGCUGCUGAAAGCUAAGCAGUGGGAAGGGCCACGUGUGUACCAGCUCACGCAGUACCACUGUCUUCUUGUCCAUAAAGGCCACCUUGAACAGCAGGGGGAAGAGUUCACGGGGCAGCAAGGGCAGGGCCUGGCAGGCAGCUGGCUGGCACUGGAGCACUUGCCUUGUGCUGAGGAACACAAGUGUGUGCAUGGUGGUAUGCUGAGGUGGUGAGGUGUCCACCUGUAGGAGAGGGACCUUAAUUGAGGAAGACAAACCUUAACCACCACCAGGCCACACCCUUUCCACAGCUCAGUGGUACAAAAGCAAUCCUCCUACCCUUGCCUCCCAAAUGCUGGGAUUACAUGCAUGUACCACCACACCCAGCUUGUUUAGCUUUUUGAUACAGGGUCUUACUUCACUUUAGCCAAAAUUGAGACAGGGUCUCACUAUGUACCCCUGGCUGGCCUGCAAAUUGUGGUGACCCUCCUCACUAGUGCCAGGAUUAGACAUGCCAUGCCUCAGUGCCUAGCACUUGGCAAAGUGGACAAGGGACAAGGCCACAACUUAGAAACAUGAGGACAACAGUGUCAAGCAGAAUAUCAAUAGUGUGGCACCAUCAACAACCUGCUUUUGUGUGCUUCUGAAAGACGACUGUUGCUCUGUAGGGCCCACAUUUGAUACUUCAUGUCUGCCCACUCACAAAUAUGCUUCUGUGGUCCUUCAUCAGCACUGGAACAGGUAGAAAACUCCCACAGGGACUACAGCCACAUUGUGGCUCCCUCCCUCGCCCUUCUCAGAUAUGCAUGCCCUUGGAUUCCAGGAAAUACCAAAGACCCACAGAACCCUUGAGUACAGAUGAUGUACUGUAGCCUGAGAUAGCACCAUGAAUGUGAACCCCAGAGUAAUUAUUCUCUGGGGUAGAAUCAGGCACGGAAAGCCCCGAGAAAGGGCAACUCUCACCUUCUGUGGUCCUUGCCGCCUAUCUUCCUUUUCACAAGGGAACCAAUGUGGAGGGAAAACGAGUCUUAAAUUCGUGAGAUUCAGAAGGGCUCAGGCCAGGGACUGCACAGAUGAGGCACAGAUGGCUGCCAAAGUAGCAGCCAAGCUGAGAAGCCACAAGCAAGAGGCCCCUGCAGCUGGAGAGUACCUGCAACACAGGGCUAGUCCUGAUGCUGACUUUAGCAGACUUCUGUGAGCCAAACAUCUCGACCCCAGAACUACAGUGCAGCCAUACCCCUCUGACAGACUGGAAAGCCAAGGCCGAGGCCUUACCAAGGUCACAGCCCAGGGAAAAGUGGGGGGAUGCAGACUGGCUACAAAGCUCUUGAGCUUGCAGACUUCUCGCACCUUGAACAAGAACUUUAAGACAUGAGUUCUGAAGAAAGCCUGCACACCCACCCUCGACCUAGCUCUGCCGAAACGCAAAUGUCGCGAGAAGGAUGCCUACCUCGCAGGCAGUUCAAACAGAUCGCGCACCUGUCACAAGAGGAAAGGAAAGCCGCCCACGAGGCGCUUCUGGGCGACACUGCCGCCCGCAGCGGAAUCGGCGCGGCGCCUCCGGACGUGCCCGCCUGGCUCCUCCGGGGAUCAAGAC